GUGGCCACAAAGAGAAGGAAACGCGCUCACCUCUAAUGCUGAAGUCCCCUGUGGCUUCCCGUAGUAGAGAGGAAGCGACAACACAACAGCCAAGAUGGUGCUGGAAAAGAAAGCUUCCGCUCGGGUGGAGGCCGGGCAGCGCCGAGUUCUGGAUGAAGCCACCAGACAGAGGAGACUGACCAGACAGCUCGAGGCUCUGGAGAAAGACAACUUCCAGGACGACCCUCUGUCCUCCCUCCCUCCCCCAGGUCCUACUGCCCGCCUUCCCGCCUUCAGCGAGACAGAAGAACCAGAGAAGAAGAAGAGGAAGACGAGGGGCGAUCACUUCAAGCAGCGUUUCAGGAAAAACUUCACCACGCUGCUGGAGGAGGAGAACCUGUCGGAGAAGCCGGAGCCCAACUACCUGUCCGCGGCGGCCCCGCCCUCCUCUCUGCCCCCCCGGCACUUCUGCUGCGUCUGCGGCUUCCCCUCUCACUACACCUGCACCACCUGCGGGGGGCGCUACUGCAGCACCAAGUGUCUGUGUACGCACAGAGAGACCAGGUGUUUGAAGUGGACGCUGUAACUGCCGCCACGUCACCAUGGCGACGAUGGCGCUACCUGUUCGCUGAGGACAGACGGACGAGCCGGGCGUUGAACCUGUGAACUGACUCUCUGUUUGUUGGCUUCUGUGAGAGCAGACGGACUCGCACACACAUAUACCAGAGUACGCUGUGACGUCACCGGAGAAGGCGAGGAGUUAAACCUCUGGACGUCAGAAGAUCUACAGAAAGUGUUCAGUUUCUGUUUAACUCGUUUACUUAAGUUGGAAUAUUUUUCUCCAAACUGUUCCGGUUAUUCCUCAUCCCAUGAUGCAUUGUGUGACUUCACUGAUCCGGCGUUGGUGAGAGUUAGCGGUUUAUAUUCUUUUAUUUUCACAGCGUUUUGGCAAAUAAACAAUCUGAAAAACAACAUUUUUAAAGGAAAGGUUUGUCCCUCUGAGAGCCAGAUGUUCAGAUUGAAUCCGCUCUCGUGGCCUUUAUGCUAGAGCUAGCAGCUGCUUAGCUUAGCUUAGCUUAGCUUAUCUUAGCUUAGC